UGGAUACUGAGGCACUUGAAAAAUCAUGGUGCAAUGUUCGCGCGAGCGAGAAAGGAAGGCUGGUGAGAGAAACAAAGUUCAUUGUCAAUACAAAUUGACUCUUUGGUCCGAGUUCGAAUUCUAGGCUUCUGUUCGUUCCCCACAUUCAAGUGCAUGGAUUUCCUCACUUCAUCUUCAUCUUCUUGAACUCAAUCGCAACUUCCAUUUCAAACGGAGUGACAAGCCAAUUUGGGAAACCACAUCUUUACCCAGGAUUGCCAUGACAUGAUUUCGCUUUUAAUACAUCUGAACUUUCCCCAACGCGUCCUCCAACUCCGGCAUCCAAACAUUUGAGCAGUCAAAUGGAUUCAGAACCUGAACUCAGUGACCAUGCCGCCGGCAACAGCUCCCCCCACCAUCAACGACCACGACGCUCAGUUCGAAGUCAAAGUCGCAGCCAACAACCAGAAUCCGAAGCAGGUUAUCACCAUGUAAAAUCUGAACCACAAAGCGACGAUGAUAACGACGAAAAUGACGCCGAGUCGCAUUACGAAAGCGCCAUCGAUGAUGCUGAAUUCGACUACGCCCAGCUAGACGGCAUCCCCCGUCGGCGCCACCAAGUCGAAUCAGCAGGCAGCGAGUAUGAACCGCCUUCUGAUGAAGAGCCCGAUCAAGAGAAAAGGAGGGGAAGAUCGCGCUCACGAUCAAAGUCCGUUACCACCCCGCGCCCUCCAAAACGCACAUUAGAAGCCCUGCUCGACUCGACUCACGUACCGGCGGGUGACCGCCCCCCAAAACGGCACAAACCCCCAUUCAACCACUCCUACCUCGCCCUCCUAAACGCCGACAUCAUCGACGUCGCCUCGCGCUUCGUCCCCACCGGCGACGAAACCACCCAACAACUUCUCCCCUCCCAAAUCGGCCUAACCGUCUGGACGCCCGCCGAAAAGGAACUCUUCUUCUCCGCCGUCUCCCGCCUCGGCCCUGAUUCUGCCGCUGCUAUCGCCUCCCGAAUCCGCACCAAGAGCGAACUCGAAGUUGCCGAGUACCUCGAAGUCUUUCGACGAGCGGUCAAGACCAGGCAGGACCCCAAACUCGCGACCCAGGGGCAGUUGCUGCAGCCCGUGACGCCGGCCGAGGUCCCGGCUGCUGUGGAACUGAGUCAGCAGUGCUGUAAUGCGCUGGAGGACGCGGCAGAUGCGGUUGCCAGCAGACAGGAGGCGUGGGAGGAGGCGGAGGAGAGGAGGAAGUGGGGGGAGAACAGGUGGUUGAUUGGGAAGGAUAAUGUGAAGGGGUUGGAGAUGGAGGCGAGAGAGGAGAGGGAGAAGGAGAGGGAGAGGAAGCGGAGGGCAGAAAAGGGGAAGGGGAAGGAUGUGGAUGAGGGUGGUGACGCUGAUGAAGAAGAGAGGGCGGUAAUCAAAAACGAGGAGGACGUCGACGAAUACGGCCGAAGGAAAUUGCCCGCUCUCGACCUAUUCCGAGUCCGAAAAAUGCUCGAGCUCUCUGAGAAUUUCUUCAUGAACUCUACCGUCGACGACUACAACUGGAGCAGCAUGUCGGACGAACCACCCGCCAUUCGCGCGACCGCUCUCGAAGACUUGCAUUCGCUGGUAGUCUCGCUAACACGAAGACUCGUGGCGGCAGUGCUCUACAUCAGCGAGUCACGCAUCAAAGCGAAACGGGCCGUUCACCCAUCAACAAGAAACCGAGUCUGGAUACAAGACGUCGAAGCCGCAGUCCUUUCCCUAGGGCUAAAGAAAGAUAGCCAUCAAUUCUGGGCCGGAGCAACAAGGAGGUUAAGACUAGAUGUCUACGGCGACGAAGACUACGACUACAAGGAAGAACUAGCGCGGAAAGAAGAAGAGGGAAUAGACGUCGACAUGGAAAUGAUUCGCGACGAACCAGAACCACUAUCCUACGCCGAAGUCGAGGAGGCCCUAGGCCUCGAACCCGAUACCACCCGCCUCAACCACCUAUCCCCCACCGACGAAGACGAACCAGACGACGACGAUGAUCAAAGCGACGCCGAAUCCCUAGCCUCUCUCUCCUCCACGCCCUCCCUCGACGACCUCGACAACCCCGACCAUGUCCAAAACCUCAACGAACCCACCCAGACCGAACCAGACCCUAUCGCUCCAUCAAGCCCCGCCCCAUCUGAACAUCAUCAACUGGACCCUAUCGAAGACGAAGCCAUCAAAUCCGAAACCCGAGAACUCCUUCGCUAUUCCGCCUUACCCAUGGCUAUAACCUCUCGCGCUCGCCAAGUUCUCUACGCUCGCAUCCGCACGCAGCGCGCUCAGGAGGCGUACGCUGACGCGCUGGACAUGCGGGCUAGUUACAAGGAGGAGAAGAGGAUGUGGGAGCUGUUGGGACGGGAGCCGCCCGAGGGAUUGGUGCUGGUUAAGGGGGAGAUACCGGAGGAGCCGACAGCUACGGGGAGGUGGACGGGGGUUGAUGAGUUGUUGGGGACGAGGGGGACGGAGGUGGGGAGUUGGAGGGAGAAAGUUGGGGAGGGAGGAGGGGGGGGAGGGGCGGAGUGGGAGGUUGAAUGGCAGAGGCAUUUGGAGGAUGGGAAGGAGAGUGGGAGGUGA